GGGGACGAGCCGCACUGCGGUAUUGGGGAGACAUGAGUUAUCCAUCCGUUUUCUAUCGUGAUUGUCUGACUUUUAACGAGCGAGAGAAAAAUUGACGCGAACGCACGUGUUUUAAGACUUGGCGAUUACCACACGUGCGCCGAAAGAACUCGAACGUGCGAAUUCUCGAGUGUACGGGUGCUGUGUUAACCACUAAACCACCGCGCUACCCUAGUAAACUAAUUGUAUCGACUUGUACUGAUAAAAUGGCGAGUUCUUGUUUUUUUUUUUUUUUUACUGGAAUAUUUGUGUUUUAAUUGUCGACGCCAAACGUUGGCUCACUUCCGCUGCGUCGUGGUUUCCGUGGCAACAAUGGCUACAUCAACUAUUCAACUUUUUUUUUUUUGCUUCGACGCGCAAAACAAUCAUAUAAAAGGUGGCGUGCAUUUUGAGAAGGGUGGGGCAGGACUGAAGGACCACCAUGGUAACCCUGACCACGGAGCUCAUAGUCAAUUCGAGGAACUUCAAGAAAAAGAAAGGCCGCCUCUCCCUUCAAUACAACCUCAGGACCCUCACCCAUCUCCACUUCUCCGGGCACAACAUUGAGGACAUCGGCGACCUCUCCGCAUGCCAAAACCUGACCGUCCUCUACCUGUACAACAAUUGCAUCACGCAGAUCCAGAACCUGGACUUCGCUUGUAACCUGACCCAUCUGUACCUGCAAAACAACAAUAUCACACACAUUGACAACCUGGCCCAUCUGCACAAGCUCUCCAAACUCUUCCUGGGCGGUAACAGGAUCUCGCUUCUCGAGGGUUUGGAGAGCCUGGGGGAGCUGGAGGAGCUGCAUAUGGAGAGUCAGAGGCUGCCCCCCGGGGAGAAACUGCUUUUCGACCCCAGGACUCUACGCGCCCUGGCUAAAUCUCUGCGCGUCCUCAACAUCAGCAACAACAACAUCGACGAAAUGGCCGACCUCGCCGCGCUGUGGGAAAUCCGACAUUUUUCCGCCGCUGACAACAAGCUUCGCAACGUGGAGGAGCUCGAGAGCGUGUCGGGGUCCUGGCCUUGGCUCGUUCAAAUGGAUUUGCGCGGAAAUCCCGUGUGUAAAACGGCCAAGUACCGAGACCGACUGAUCACGGCGUGCAAGGCGCUCGAGGUGCUGGAUGGCCGUGAUAUUCACGAAGUGACCAGAGAGUUUCUGGUGAAAUGGGAAGCGUCUAAAGAAGCCAAGAAGAAAAAGAAGGCGGCGCUAUUGAACCCGCCACCUUUAAUGAAUAACGCGAGCAAGGGUCAGGGUGCGUAUCCGCCUCGCGCCUGUUGCCUCGCUCGUGCGCAAGGGUGGAAGCUGCCGCCGCCGCCACCACCGCAGCAGCAGCAGCAGUCUCACAGGGUGCAGCUGUUAAAAAGCUCUCUGUACAGACGGCUCAACCGGAUGGCCGUCACGGCGGACGCAAAUAAAAAAAUCACCAGAUAGAUUUGAUAGAUUGAACCUUUUUU